UCAUUCUUAUAUUUUUCAAUAUUCUAAAUAAAAAUAUGAAAUUUUUCAUAUUUUUUAUAUUAACCAUUCUUUCAGUUUAUAGUUUUAGACUUCCAAUACCUUUUGGUGAAAUUAAUUUUACCAAAACUCCAGAUGGUGAAACUCAAUUUGGAAUUGGGUCAAAUGUGAAUAUUGGUGGGAGUGGGGCUGAAUCGAAUCUUCAAUUUAGCAAAAAGAAAAAUGGAACUGCUCAAGUACAAACUGGUGGAGGUGUUUUAGUCGACGGGAAAAAGUUUGGAACAAAUUCAACAUUUGGUGGAGGGAAAGAAGGAUUGACUGCAGAUACAGAUAUUCAAGCAGGGAAGCAUACAUUGCAUGGAGGUGUUGGGAAAGAAAAUGAAUUUAUUGGGGAUUUGACAAAUGCAAUAAAUGACGAAAAGAAUAAUACUAAAAAACCAAAAAUUUGAAUAAAUUGAAGUUUUAAUUAAUUAUUUUUGAAAUGAGAAGAGUUUAAGGAUUUGUUUGAGAAUUAGUAGAAGGUGUUUGUUUUGUGUUGAAUAGAUAGCCUUUUAGAUUUCUCACGAGAGAAGAGGGGGAUGUGGAGAGUGUGGACAUUGAUAUUUCUCAAGUUGCUAUCUUUUAGUUGAAGCACUGAAGCUUCGAUCGGUUCAAAUACAAA